AUGGGGGAUUCCCCGGGAACGGGCAGGGCGGGAACCGCGCCGGAAACAUCCCCAGCACAGCUGCAGCUGUCGUCGCCCGACCACCUCAUCCACGCCCGCCCAUCACCCCCCACCGAUCAUGAUCAGUCCAUCCAGCUCAAGCGGGCAUCCCUCCCACCUCGUCCUCAUGGAGCCGCUCGCCAUGCCAAACGCCUGACCUUGAACUUCCCCAUCAACAUCCCUCCGGCCGCUGCCUUCGACUCCGGUGUUGCCUCCCCUGGAUCCAUGACGCCCGUGACGCGCUCGUCUGCCUUCCCCUCGCCGAUCCCCCAACUUGGUGCCCCGCUGGCUUUUGACGAACAGGACGAUGGCUCGGGUCUACUGACGGCCAUCGCCUCGCAGGAAAGAAGGGUGCUGGAGCUGCGAGAGGAGCUUCAUCGGGCGGAGACAGAGCUGGACUCUUUGAAGAAACAGUGGGCCGCAACGGAGAAGACAAAGAAACGGACGGAAAUAAGCUAUCGGGCGGAGCCUUUGAUCCCUCUCCGGUCCCCCGAUCAGACUCCCGAGCGCUCUCAUCGCCGAGACCCCAGUCUGAGCAGCUCCGCGAGCCCCUCAGUGGCGCACGCACGACUCAGCCGGGAGCUGGAGCGCCGCCACAGUCUGCGCUCCGCUGCCACCCAGGGGACCACCGUCUCCGCCAAUGGACGGCGGGUCUUCCGGGGGUCUCAUACGCGCACCUUGUCGCUGCUCUCGCCGGCCUCGGUUUCAGGGGACAGCAAGACUGGACUGGAGUUGGAACCCAACCCUGCGAAUGUCCGUAUUGGCCGGUCUCCCCGGUCGGCAACUUUGCCGUCAUCUGUGGAGCGCAGCGCCAUCUCCGGCAGUAGCGCGAAGCCCACCGAUGACAUGAUCUCGCAGUGGCGGAACACCAUGCCGCCGCCGUCUCGGGAGGCGCUGGUACGCACCGGCAAGCAGAUGGCAUCGGACUUGCGGGAAGGGCUCUGGACGUUCCUGGAGGAUAUCCGACAAGCAACCGUGGGAGAAGAGGGCAUCAACGCGACCGAAUCCCGGGCGGUGCCGCCUGUGCGCAAGCGGGAUUCCAGCUCGACGUCGCGCAGCAGAGACCGGUUGUCCGUGCAAGGAGGCAGGUCGUCCCAGGCGGGGACGAAACUUUCUGGUAAAGACUCCAAAUCGGCGGACAUAGACGCGUCGUUCUGGAGUGAAUUCGGCAUUGAUACACCUGGGCAGCAGUCCCGGAGCGCUCGCGGAGCCUCCAGUACCCCAAGCGGGCGGAUCGAACAGGGCGCCUCCCACCCCCCGGAUGUUGAAGACAACUGGGACUGGGACUCGCCGAAGAAGACACACACGCCGUCGUCAAGCCGCUCUACGUUGGAGUCGAAGCAGGACCAGUCGCCGAUGACGCAGAGCAGCAGCCCGCGCACAAGUACCAGCUUUGGCGACUGGCGCGCCCUUCAUGAAACUACUGUUCCCGAUCCCAGCGUGUCCGACGGCAUCCCCUGGCCGGCCAUCACCAAGUUGACGCCCUCGAAGCUGACGCGUACGGCCUCGAACCUGAUGGCGGAGUGGGAGCGGAGCCUCUCGCCGGAUCGCAAGGAAAACUACUCGCCGGUUGAUAAGGACGACAAGCGCGAUUGAUCACUCGAUAUUUUGUUCCGUGCCGUUUGACUACGGCUUUCGAUUCUUUUCCAAUGCUAUUAUAAAUAUGGACACGACAUGCGCGAUCGAUGGCUGAUUGGCCGAGCGUCUGCAGGCCGACGGAUUAACGCAGGGUUAUGAUUGUUGCCGCAAUACCCUUUACGAUGAGCGUUGAUUUCACUCGUUAGAUUACCUUCUUGGAUGUUUUAGAUUUCGAAUAGCACUAGCUUGUGUCUGCUAUUAUAGUAUAGUUCUGUUAAAUAUAGCGUACGAAGAAAGGUAG